GCUUAUGUAUGUCCGCCCUCUUCCCUCCCGUUUCACCAGGAUCAGGAUCAGUACACGAUCAACAAAUGCGAAUAUAGUAUUACGACGUUGUCUGAGACGGAGGUGCGGGAGAGUGUGCUCUGGGAUCGGAGGGUUGAUGGGGGCUUUCCUGAGGUCAAGGUGCUCAAGAGUCGGGUGAGGAAUGUGGUUGAUCCGCAGAGAGAUUUGGGGCAUACGGAUCGGGCCUUGAGGAAGGAGAAUGGAGAUAGUCACAAACAAAGUCAAGGAAAGGAGACGGAAAAGUGUGAGGAUUGUCAGACUUAGUGAUGUUACCGCUACCGCUACCGAUAUGAUAGACGAAGUCCUAUAUUCAACUCUAUAUAUCAAGAUCAAUCUUGAGCUUGUCAGACUGACAGGAC